AUGAUGAACCACGCCGUCCAUGUGGAUAUCGACGAGUUUCGACACGCGUUCCUUCCGACUUUCAGCCGCCCUACCCGUCUAAAGACCACCGAAAUUUCUCCACUCUUCGUCCAGUCACUCGCCGGCACGUCCCAUACUCCCGGCUCAUCGAUAUCAUUCUUUCAACCGGGUUCGUCGUCUUCCGCUAAGAAUGAAGAUGGUCUCAAAGCUGCCUUAUUCCGAGGCAAUUAUACGACGCGCAGCAGACGACAACCUUGGUGGGCCGACCAGCGUAUCCCAAUUGAAUUCAAGACCCCUUCACCAGGGAUAGACCCUUUCGACGCUACGCCUUGCUACGAUGAGUAUGGUUCAACGGAGCGCCGCCGUCGACAGAUAUUCGACGACAUCGCUGAAACUGUACACCUGCUCUUCGCUGCACAAUAUCGCGCCUUCGUCUUUACGCUCCUCAUCAUCGGCCGGCAAUUCCGCCUUAUCCGAUGGGACCACGGAGGGGUAAUCGUCACUCCUUCCAUCGAUUACUACCAGGAGUUUGGUGUUCUCUGUGACCUCUUGUGGCGACUCUCUCAUCUAGACGAUGUCGCUCUCGGAUUUGAUCCUAGUGCCACUCGAAUACUUCCAGGCAAAGUCGACUACUUGAAGAUGGAUAUGUACAGUGUUCCUGAUCCCGGCGAUAUCGAUCACAAAGGGGGUUCGCUUUUGGACUUCGGAUCCGGCAGCACCCCUGUCUUCGAGUAUGUGCGUUCGCUAUUCAAGGCCUCGCUCACCGACGACUGGCCGCGCUACAAACUCGAGGUUCCAGACGGCAAGGGCGUUCGUCAUGUCCUUAUCGGCAAGCCUAGCUUCGUCUCUCAGGGGUUCUUCGGUCGCGGAACGCGCGGCUAUGUUGCUCUCGAUUGUGCGACCAAUCGCUUCGUGUGGCUCAAGGACACUUGGCGGGCCUCCCUCCUGUUCACUGACACAGAGGGCGAUAUCCUCCAUCAGCUCAACGAAGCCGGUAUUGACAACGUCCCAACGCUCAUAUGUCAUGGGGACAUCUUGAAUCAAGUUACCACUACGGCCGAUUGGUGGGAGCGGCAGCGUUCUCGCUCGUCCUCUCCUGCGGUAGGUUCUCCCACGUCUUCCCACCCAUCAUCUCGUGGACCUGCUUCCAGUGCGCCCCUUGCCAAUCGAAAACGAAAGAGAGCGGCGGUCCAUAUGAACGGGGACGAGACCACCGCUGCAGGGAAGCGAUCGUCGACCGCGCACGCGCCCGCACACACGAACUGCCCUCUGCAACGGCAUAUGCACUAUCGUGUUGCUUUCGAGGAGGUCUGUCUGCCACUCAAGAGAUUUGUGAAUGGCCACCAGCUAGGAUCGGUCGUGUUGGAUGGUAUUCGCACACAUUAUCAAGUCGCAACGCAUCCGAAGAUUGGACGGCUCCACCGGGACAUCAGCAGCGGCAACCUACUCAUACUGCCGAAAAUAAAGCGCGGACCUCAAGGAAAGGCUCAUUGGAUCGCAUGGCCCGGUGUUCUAAGUGACUGGGAGAUGUCGAAGCCCAUAGAGGGCCUCCAUGAGAUAUCAAAGGCCGCUCAAGCGAGUCGUACGGGAACGUACCAGUUCAUGUCCGUGAACCUGUUGCUGCGACCCUCGCAGUAUAGUAGUGUCCCAGAAGAGCUCGAGUCGUUCUUUCACGUGCUGCUCUAUCACGCAGUACGCCAUCUCCGCUCUUCCUGUGACGACCCAUGGUCGUGGAUCGACCAAUACUUCAACAAUUACUCUGGCCCCAACCGUAUGUACACGUGCGGAAAGAAGUCGAUUGCAAUCGAAGUCACCGGAGAGUUGGAAACGCUUCACCCGGAAAUGCCUCUCCUUUUCGAUAGUCCCCUCGACAUCAUCUUCACGGAAAUGCUCACCCGGUUCAAGGCUCGAUACGAGGUGUUGAAUUACGAUUUCUCGAAGGCGGCUUUGCCACCAGUCUCCCCCGCCAUAUCCGAACCUCCUGAGAGCCUUCCCUCUCCCUACCCAAUAUAUAUGCGACCACCCAGGGUACUUGACGAGGAAGACGCGAGGAUUCAGGCUGAGAUAGCUGCGGAACUCGCCAAUUGGACGCCUCCGGACAAUACGCCAUCUGCGGAGGAACGCCGGCUGGCUAGCGAGCUCGCGGACCACGUCUUCGUGCUCGGUUUGUUCGAGCGAGUCCUACGUGAUGCCGACUGGCCUGAAGACGAUCGGUUGCCAUCCCUUGAGAGCCCUCCUGCUGCGCCCGGGGCGAACGCUCCGGCACUGGGAGGGGAUGUUCCGUGUAUGCCCCCAAGGAAGCGGCAGAGGACUAGCCCCCCAGCCCGGAACGCUACUCUCCCUACCCGCCUUCACGCGUCGACGCGGCGGACACGCAGCCAGGCUCGUGCCGCUCUACCCAGGACCAGAUCAAAGUCAUGACUCGGAGGUCUUAGCCGAGUUUCGAGCGAGGUGGACAGCCUCGUCUUCGCGAUCUACCUGUCGCCUUCCCCUCGGCCGUCGCGAGUCACAAGCUUCAGUUCCGUGCUCCAUUGGUCCAGGAGUCCCACUGAAUCUCGCCUGCUCGCGAUCGCGGCACCUCUAUUCUUAUCGACCGGCCGUUCCACUUCGACUAUCUCAGGCAGUCCGUCGGGGAGUCGGCCUCACAGGCAUCGUUGGACAAGGACGCUUAAUGCGUUUCUGUUCGGGUCUUCCUGCCUUCAUAUAAAAUUUGCGCACCUUGUGCACCCUGUUGGAUGCACUGUCCCUAUGUCCAUGGACGUCCACUUAGACUGCUUGAUGUAUACGAGCUCGUAUGUAGCAGUGGGGCUGUCCAAUAGGCGAAUCAAUCUGAAGGCU